CCCGGCGGCCUAUGGGAGGCGGCGGCGCCCGUGAUUGACGCGGCGCCAUUUUCUGGGGGUAUAUGUUGGGAGGUCGGCUGGUGGAAGCCGCGGUUUUUCUUCCUGCGUUCUCUGCUCUGCAAUGGACGGCAUUGUCCAAGAUAUAACAGUUGGUACAAAGCGGGGGUCUGACGAGCUUUUAUCUGCUUGUGCUACUAACGGUCCCUACAUCAUGAGCAGCUCUUCUCCCCCUGGUGAAUACACCAAUGGCAACGACAGCAAGAAGUUCAAAGGAGAGAAUAGAAUUUCGGGGAUAAUGCCUUCCAGAGUCAUCCACAUCCGCAAACUUCCCAACGACAUAACUGAAGCAGAGGUCAUCUCCCUGGGCCUGCCUUUUGGAAAAGUUACAAAUCUUCUCAUGUUAAAAGGCAAAAAUCAGGCUUUCAUUGAAAUGAAUACUGAAGAAGCUGCCAACACAAUGGUUAGCUACUAUGGCACUGUCACUCCAUACCUGAGGAGUCACCCUAUCUACAUCCAGUACUCUAACCACAAGGAAUUGAAAACUGACAAUUCUCCCAAUCAGGCUAGAGCACAAGCAGCUCUUCAGGCAGUAAAUGCAGUGCAGAAUGCAAACAUGGCCAUUGCUGGAACAGGUGUCCCAGAUACUGCAGUCAAUCUUGCUGGCCAGAGCCCUGUUCUUCGAAUCAUUGUGGAAAAUCUCUUCUAUCCAGUUACUCUUGAUGUUUUGCACCAGAUUUUUUCCAAGUUUGGCACGGUGUUGAAGAUCAUUACUUUCACAAAGAAUAACCAAUUCCAGGCCUUGCUCCAAUAUGCUGAUGGCUCCUGUGCACAACAUGCUAAACUGGCCUUGGAUGGACAGAACAUCUAUAAUGCCUGCUGCACUCUGCGCAUUGACUUCUCUAAGCUGACUAGCCUUAAUGUUAAGUACAAUAAUGACAAAAGCAGAGACUACACGCGUCCUGACUUGCCAUCUGGUGACAGCCAGCCAACCUUAGACCAAACCAUGGCCGCUUUUGGUAAGGAAGUCUCCCUACUAGGUGCACCAGGUAUCAUCUCCUCGCCUUAUGGAGGUGGAACUGGUUUUCCUCCUGGUAUUGCCUUCCAGCAAGCCGGUUUCUCUGUCCCAGGGGUCCAUGGAGCCCUGGCUCCACUUGGCAUGCAGUCAGCAGCUGCAGCAGCAGCAGCAAGUCGCAUGGGGAUUCCAGGCUUCGCCUCUGCAGCCAAUGCUGUCCUGCUGGUCAGCAACCUGAAUCCUGAGAGAGUUACGCCCCAAUGCCUCUUUAUUCUUUUCGGAGUGUAUGGUGAUGUGCAACGUGUGAAGAUACUCUUCAACAAGAAAGAAAAUGCCUUGGUUCAAAUGUUUGACUGUACUCAAGCACAACUGGCUAUGAGCCAUUUAAAUGGUCAGAGGCUUCACGGGAAGGCGAUGCGUGUGACCAUGUCCAAGCACCAGACAGUACAGCUUCCCCGUGAGGGCCAGGAGGACCAGGGAUUGACCAAGGACUACAGCAGCUCACCACUGCAUCGUUUUAAGAAACCUGGAUCAAAGAAUUUCCAAAACAUCUUUCCUCCUUCUGCCACCCUUCAUCUCUCCAAUAUUCCACCUUCAGUUACUGAAGAGGAUCUCAAGAUGCUCUUCUCCACAACGACAGGCAUGGUCAAGGCAUUCAAGUUCUUCCAGAAGGAUCGCAAGAUGGCUCUCAUCCAGAUGAGUUCAGUGGAAGAUGCAAUCCAAGCUCUUAUUGAUCUUCAUAAUCAUGAUCUUGGGGAAAACCACCACCUCAGAGUCUCCUUCUCCAAGUCCACUAUUUGAAGUUCUGAACAUGGACUUCCAGCUAUCUCCUGGAGUCCCGUUUGGCCUAUGGCACAAUGAUUCUCUUAUUUCAGAGAUACCACUAGACCUCAAAACAGCUGCAGCUGAAAAUGACCCAAAAGUGACCACAAUUCUUUAUUUUCGAGAAUAUUUUGCAUGUUUACUGCAAUGACAUCCUGUUUUUUCGGUAGCAGUGCUGCCAACCCCAGUUAGAUUUCAUUGAUUGGCUUGUGCUAAUGUUGCUGUUUGGCAUUUGAAAUUCUUCCAAAAGUUUACAAAAUCCAAAUAUUUUUCUUGGAUUACCCACCGCUGAACCUAACUUCAGGUUGUAUACUAAACCUUUUUGAAUUUUGUAAUCACCCUCAACCCAUUACCCUUGGGUAUCCAUACCACUAUAAUACAGAAGUGUGGAUAAUUUAAGCAUAUUUUCAUUUAAAUAAUUAUUCUGUGCCUUAAUGUCUUAAUGAAACAAGGGCCAUUUUAAAAUUGUACAUCUGUUUCUGGUUAUGUGCUUUAAAGUUAAAGCAAUUUUUGCUGCCUGUUUACUCAAAUGUUGCCACUGCCCUAAGGACAGGGGUGGGUGGGAAGAAGCUGUAGGUUUGAACUGUAUUAGCCUUAAAUUAACCAUUGAAUCCAAAGUUACUAGUUUGCAGUCCUAUCCAUCCAACCUCUGGUAUGUUGAGUAUGUUUAACAGAUUGAAGCAGUGUAGAUGUGAGAGUUGCUACAGACUAUGAGCUGCAUUUCUCAAUUUGCAGGUUGAUUUUUUUGGUUCAGACAUGGCAAGUACAACUGACAUGUUGUGGCCUUUUCAGAAAAUAAUUAUCUUAUGUGUUCUGUUGCAUGUCACUGAAUGAAACCCUAGAGUAAAGGCACAGGGCAAGUAAUUGGAUGGAUAUUAAUGUAAUCGGGUAAGGGUAGCUUUUUUUUGCUCAUUCCAUAUGCAUUUCCAAGCCUAUGUUAAGGGUGCGAGUUGUAGCCUUCACACUUGAUUGUGUCAGUAGUCUUAGUUAAUGGUGACCAUCCAGGAGGAAAUUGUAUUACUCUGCCUUUGCAAAAAGAAAAAGGUCCGUCUGGUAACCAGGAACAGUCCCAAUUUUGAAUGGCCUAAGCUUGUUGCCUUCUAUAUUCAAUAUCUAUCUGUAUUUUAUAGCUGGGGUGUGUUUUAUUAUCUUAAUCCAUAGAAUGUGUAUUUUCUACCUUGUAUCUUAGAUUUUUUUUUUUUUAUAUCAUUUUUGAGCUGAAAUUUCUGCUCUUUACACCUGCAUUGUGAGUAGACCUGGUGUGGUGUCAGUUGUCUGCAGUGUGCUCUGACACCUGCUGAUUAAUUUGUGAAAUCAGCCGAAUAGCUGACAUGGUGUGCAGUUUGUUUUUGCUGUAUUUGGUAAAUUGCUUUCAUUUUAUUUUUGCUCUACAUUAGUUCUAUCAAUUUGUCUUUUUACCACUCAAUAUUUCAUUCCAUUUUUAUCCUGCAUUGUUCCCUUAUGCAUGAGUACAGCAUUGUCAAAGAGGUUCCUAUUACUAAGUGCUCACUACAGUACUUGAGUCUUCAGCUGGUGCACAAGGUGGCUGUUGGCCUCGCAUGCAUUGGUUUUGGCUCUGUGCUGUUGUUCAUUUGGUAAAUAUUUUUGAGUACAAUCAAACAUUUGUUACCCGAAAUUUCCUUCAGGUUACUAACAAAGUAAAGCAAGUGGGAAGGGGAGGUGGGUUUUUUUCUUCUGAAUGGUAGAAGGCUGAAUGGUGAUGUGGGGUAGCUAGGAGGAUGUUCCAUUUGCUCAUCUAAAAACAGACCAAUGGUUUCCCAGUGAGUUAUCAACAUGUCUGCAAGACCUUUACUUCUCUUGAUAUUCUUUUUACAAGACUGGCUUGUAUGAUCUGGAAAUUGCAUGCCUGUCAGGUUGGAUGUAUGAGCCUAGUUAUACAGUGCUAUCACACUGAAGUGCUACAACACUUUGCUGCGAUUUUUAUUUUUGGAUAGUUAAGGACUUUGCUUGAUGGGGGGGGGGGAGGAGAUUGGUGGGAGUGGUUUUGUGGCAUUUACAAGCCCUUUUGGCAUGUACAGAGUCCUAUCGCUUUAAUUGAAAUGGUCAUAAUCUUAAGCUGUCCACGACUGAAAACGGGUUUCUUAGCACUUGGAUUCAAAUGACCUGUGAACCAGUGAUGGUUUUCCUGUUGUCAAAAUGUAACCAUCUGCUUUUCCUUGUAAUUAGUGAAGAGAAAAACUUCAAAUCCACUUCCCAAACAUUCCAUAAUACGGGCAAAAUGCUGGAGUCAUAACAUGAACAUUUGUGCUUUGGACUAAUUCUUUGUAUGAGUGUUCAUUAAUGACCACAUUCAUCUUGUGCCUAAACUGUUUAUGAGCAAUAGCUUAUUUUAAAGAAAUAUUGUUCAGUGACGCAUGUCAACUCCUUAAUGGAUUUUUAGCGUUUUGUUUUCAGGGUUUCAUGGACCAAAGUUGUUGUGCCUUCUGAAGUCUUAGUUCUUCACAUUUUACAAUUCCUCCUCUAGCCCUCAAAUAUGAUUGUAAUAUUGCAUUGUGCACCUAGAAUGGUGGCUGUAUGUUUAGUGGAUUCAACCUUUGUUCCUGUUUAUAUGCUGUUUACUGAACGUAUUCAGCUUUCAGAGACAAAAAUACACCACCAUUAUUUUUGUCCUUGGUUUCUUCAAAGAAAUAUUCCCUCUUUCCAGCUGUAAAGAAUGUUUGAAAAAGGUGUAAAUAUUCAUAACUUUUUUUACCGAGAGAGGCUAUGGGGAACAAAACCGGUUUUUAUAUGGAAGCAUUGUCUUGUAUAUUUUGAUUAAAAAAAAACAGCUGUCAGGUUUCAUAUGUAAAAGGGUUUUUCAGAAAACAAUUCCUCUUCUAUUGAGAAGAAAUGUUUGUAAUGCAAAGAAGAUUAAAAUAAUUUUCUAAUGAA